ACAUCACAAUAAAUGCACGUUACUCGAUGUAAACAAUAACAAAACCUUGAUCUUGUCUAAUAUUUAGUAAAAAAACCGGACAGUGAUUGUGCUCCAUUUGUCCUAUUACCACAGAGGGAUUACAGAUAUUCAGACAUAAAUCGCUGAACAUUAUAAAAUGGGAACAAAGCUUUUAUCUGUAUGGAACAGGAUAAAUGUUCUGAAAACAUCGUCGACUGUCAGCCAACUGAUUUGUACAUAUGGUGCAGCUUUAGGUCAAUUUUCACAUAGAUGUGCAUACAAUACAUUAAAGAAAUCAACUCAGUGUGCAUCAUCAUAUUCCUCACAAAUUUUAAAGGCUAGAAAACCGGUUUUUUCAUUUGUUAACACAUCUGAAAAAAAUCAAUACGCACAAUAUUCAUUAUUAGGAACUUUGAGUUUGAGUGUUAAAGACAAAUCUGCGUAUUGCAGUGAUAAGAAGAGUAUUUCAAGCAUGUCAUUCGGCGAGGACAUUCUAUUUCGACAGGUAGGCCUAAAUAAUAAUAGCAAAUAUGCAAAGACAAUGAAAUAAUAUUUAAAAAUCCUUUAAAUACUUUAAAACUGUUUAAUCCUGUCCUGUACUGAAAUUAGUAAUUACAACGUGGACAAUGAGUUACUAAAUAGGUUAGUAAACUAAGAAGUAGUCUGCCAGUAGUAAAAAUAGUGGCUAAAUAUUUACCAAAAUAGUAAAUAAAAAAAAAUAUGUUUCACAGUGACUGUGCAUGACACAAUGAUAAUGACAUAGGCUACUUAACUUUUUGAUUUUGGCAAGAAACUGAAACAGCCUACAUUACAACUACUAGUUAUUUUUAAAAAAAAGUUAUGCAGAUAUUUGAUUUAUUUGUUGGCCUUCAUUUAUUUUUUACUAUAGACCUCUCUUCACAAAGUGUGAUAUCUUACAGGCACAUAAAAUUCUGAAUUUUCUUAUUUGAAUUAGAGGUUAUUUUUUUCAUUUUAACUCUGUUCCCUUGGACUUGAUAAUUCAGAAAGAGUGCUAACAACACAACUUUAUAAUCAUCUAUAUCAGGGAUGUCCAACCCCGCAGCCCUCUUGCCUGGGCCACUGUUUAUGAAUGUGGCCAAACUACAAACUUUAUGAGAUCGCCACUAAAAAUAUUGUUAACAAAUAUAAUAUUAAUAGAGAAAUGCCUCCUCUUGUGACAUUAAAACACACAUCUAAUUGAUGAGAUUUUUAGGAAACAGUGAAGAAUAAUUUAAAGUAAUUUUCUUUGUCCAUUGUUAAAAUAUCUGGUAUAGCUACUAAUUGUGCAUAGGCUAUGAUAAGGAAAAAAAAAAAGAUGUUCUUUUAAAAUUAAUAGAGAGCAAUGCAAUUGCCUUUCAAAACUUUUUAAUAAAUUUGCAACUCCUUUUUCAGUCAACCUAAACACAGAAUGCAUAGAGUUAUGAUCUGACAUUUAACUUGACUUUUUUAUCAUGUCUCUUUAUUUGACAUCUUCCGCAUAAAAAAAUAUCACUUGCAUCAUAAUUUUGAUCCACAAAAAAAAAUGUGAUCAUCAUACUUAUUUCACUUUACUGAACAAAUAAAUGAAUUUAUGAAUUUUAAAUUACUUAAAUAUGUUAAGCAUAAUAUUCUACGUUUUUGUGCUCAUCAGCUAUUGUUAGUUUUGUUCAUGUAUUUUAUAAGUAGCCCAAAUCAAACUGUCUCCUUGGAAUUUGUCCCAGGGAGAAUAAAAGUUUUUACACCCCUGGACAUCUAUAAAGGCCUAUUAAGCUACUAAUAUGAAAAAAUAAUAAUUAUAUUUUAAUAUUUUUCAAAAUUAGGUAAAAUGUAAGCCAAUGUUAAGGUCUAAUAACAAUUUUUACAAUAAUCUUCUAUAGUAAGAAAUGAGGUUACAUGGAUAAUUUAACCCAAGUUGGGUAAGAAAAGAAACUUUUUAAGAGCAAAAGUUUUAAUUAAUAAAUAACACAAAAUUUACUCCUAUUAUAAUUAAAAUAGUAAAGGGAAUCUUUAUCUAGGCCAAUGUUUCCAACCUGUGCUCCCUGGAGCCCUAAGAAUCAGAGUGCAGUUCUAGGGCCUUCACAACCGCUUCAAUAAAUGAAAUAACAUUAUCAACUUGUAAGAGCCGUAAAACAUAGGAAGGUCUAAGGCAGGGGUCUCAAACUCAAAUCAUCCGGGGGCUGCAGGAGGUAGAGUAUGAGUUAGACUGGCCGCAUCAAGUAUUCCACAAAAAAGUGAUAACAAAUUUUAAAAAGUACAACUGUUACAAUCUGCUCAACCUUUAUUUAAAAUAAAUAAAAACAUCAAGGGUUUUCAAGAACUAGGCUUCACUUUAUUUUUCCUAUUCCUUGUUGCCAGAGACCUGGCAGCACUUCUUCUUACACAGCUGAGCAACAUUUGGCUUGAGUGAGGAAGCAACCGAGGCUCCCUUGUUGUAUAGCUUGAAGAUGCUCAUCAAUAAGUUUGGCCCUGAACUUUAACUUGUUAAAGUUCAUAGUGGAAAAGAGCUUUUCACACAGAUAGGUUCUCCCAAUAAAAGGCACAUGAUCCGCUUGAACAACCUGGAACUCUCAGGGAAAGUGGUGGGAAAUGCUCUCAUAAAUUGUCGAACCUUGUCUGUUUUUCCAUUCACCUCCCUGAACUUAGAAUUGCACUGAAGAUCAAUCAGCUCCAUUUGAAGCGCAAAGAGGUGGGUGGUAGGCAUCUUCCACAUUAAAGGAGAAAGGGUCAGCAAAAAGUUGAAAAGUGACUGUGUGUUUUUUGAAGUCUAGAAACAUCUUAUCAACUUCUUCCUGUAGCGUUGUAAUGGCAUCAAUAUACUUACUACUGAAUGGUGUGCUCGAAUCCAUGAGUAUUUUGCAUAUUGAGAGACGGCAGAGGUUUCUCUAAGAACCAUAAUACAAGUUUUGUGCAGAAUGCCCUGACAUUGUCAUAGGCAACACUGACAAGCUACUCCUAGUCUUGUAACUUCUUGUUGAGUACAUUCAGCUCCUGUGUAAUGUCAGCAAGAAUAGCCAAGUCCAUGAGCCAUUAGGGAUCACUUAGUACAGGAACAACAACCCCAUUCUUCUCCAUGAAAGCUUUAAAUGCUAAAACAUGUGCAAACAGUAGGCAUGAGCAGGCAAUAUUUAUAAAUUAUUUAUGCAAAAGAAGAUGAUAUUGUAAGGAGAAUGAAUUUUGAUUUUUUUUUUAUCGUAUAAAGGCCUUUUUGACUAACCCUAUUUUGAAAGUGGCCAAGCUGACAGGCUUGGAACUUUCCUCACUCAUAAACAGUGGCUGCAAUUUUAAAGGGAUUGUUUGAUAAUGCAUCAGAUUGCUACGAUUUACACAAUUAUGGUUAUGCAUUACCCACCAACUGACUUUUUAAUACUUUUUACAAAACUGAACAUUGGCCAUGUUUGUCUCAUAAAAUGCUAUAAAAUAAUAACUUUUAGUCUUAUUUUAAAACGGUUUUUACCAUUAUAAUCAACAUACAAAUUCUCACAAACAUAAUAAAAAUCAGAAUUAGACUAGUAGGUGAAAUUCGACUGAAACCAUCACGGAGGGUCACAUUAUAGAUAUGAGAAUGGGGAAAACAUGCGGAUCACAUUAACACUAAACUUUACUGUCAUGUAGCAGGCCGUAAUAUAUCGUCUUGCGGGCCUGCAAAUGGCCUGCAGGCCGCGAGUUUGACACUCCUGGUCUGAGGAUCGCCCCCAUAGAAAUUGAUUCUAAAAAGCACUCAGCCAGUCACAAUGGUUGAGAAACACUGGUCUUGGUGAUGUGUUUUAAUCAUCUUCACGAUGUUAAAUGAGGCUAGAUCGUAAAUUGAGGUUUCUGGAAGCAUGAUAUAUUUGAUCUUGCACAUAAACCGCAGCUCUAUUGCAUUUUGUUUGGUACCAGUACCAAUAAUAAUACUUACAGGUUUUGUUGUUUUUGAUACGAUAACAACUUUCAACAGCAAAGGGAAGAUGGUGUUUAGUUAAAGAGAUUUUACUUUUAAUAGUUAAUGAUCCAUAAUGCAUUGAUUAAAACAUUGUGCGUGAAGAAUUGAUUAAAAAGGCAAACACCCAUCUUUGCAAAAAAGAAUUUUCCUCUACCGCCAAUGAACAUAGAAAUAGUUUGAACCCCAAAGAUAGUUUUCAAAUUGCUCUGACUUUAAAAAAAAAAAAGCUUUAAUUUUGAUUUUGUUAUUGUAUAACUUAUACUAGUAUCAAGAUAAAAAUAUCACUAAAGCCUGAAGUAAUAAAAGGUAUUGAAUGAAUUUAUUUUUAACUAAUGAGAUUUUUUAUUAAUUUGUAUUGAAUACUUUGUUUGUUUCAAUCACUGGUUACUUCUGAGAUCACAUUUUUUUUGCUUUUUUUGUUAAUAAAUUAAAUGUAUAUUUUAUAAAGUUGUCAUUUCCUUAUCAGCUUUUAGAAUACAAAUCAUACACUUACACAUACCUUCUUGCGGAUGUAGCUACAAAUGAAGCAGUUCUUAUUGAUCCCGUCAUUGACACCGUGGACAGAGAUGUUCGGCUGGUGUUUGAACUUGGCCUCAACCUUUUAUAUGCUGGUAAUUUUUUGUAAUGUUAAAAAAAAUUAUUUUGUUUAGUUGCCUUCUUUAAAGAGGUUGUCUAAAGAAAUGUGUGAGAAAAGUUGGCAACAGUAACACAAAUACAAGUAUAAUUAUUAUUAAAAGAAAUCUCAAGAAAUGAAUCAUUAAAAGACACAUUAUUUCUCUCUGUGAUUAACUAAAUCUUCUUCAUUUUCCAAACAUUGCCAGAAUUUCAAUAAUUUCUUGUUCUUUCUAUGUAGAUCAUUGUGCAAAAGAACACAUUUUACUUUAAUAUUAACCACAAACUAGCAACAUUUUCUCCAUGACCAUUUUUUUCAGUCAUCAAAUUUUCCCCUUCAAAGACUGGUUCUGUUGACAAAUUUGUACCAUAUUAUUCUUUCUAGUUAUGUCAAUAUCAGCAACUACCUUAACUUUGAGACCUUCAUUAACACUGCAGUUCCAAGCUGCCUGAAAGGCUUAAUUAUUUUCAGAAAGCUACUAAUUGCAAACUAUAUUUUGCGCUCAGUUGGCCCAAAAUGUCUGAUGUAAAAAAAAAAAAGAACUCUUAUUCUAGUUAGCUUCCAUCUGGCUUUUCUGAAAGGUUUCACUUCCUUUAUCAGCACAUUUAUCUCAGAGACAUGGGUGUAAUUGGCUAUACAACGGCUAUUGUCAGAGAUACGGGUGUAAUUGGCUAUACAACGGCUAUUGUCAGAGACAUGGGUGUAAUUGGCUAUACAACGGCUAUUGUCAGAGACAUGGGUGUAAUUGGCUAUACAACGGCUAUUGUUCUUGAGCCUUGUUGGCUUUUUAAACAUGUGCAAUAGUCAGAUAGUAAGCUGACACUGUUAAGAAAAGUUCAAAUUAAGUGUUGUGCUUUUUCUGGCUGCUGUAAUAUUUUAUGAGUCAAAGAUUUUUUUAAUUUUUACACCCAGUAGCCUAUGUAAUUAGAGUAAAAAAGCACCUCCUUUUUUUCAGAAUUUUAUUCAAUAUGAGAUCUCUUUUAUGUAAUUUUCUUAUAGGUGUUUUCAUUCUUUGCUUUUAUUUUUAAAAAAUUUAAUUUGCAAGGGCUUGAGUAUUUUUUAAUUUUUUUUUUUACAUCAGUCUGUGGGAUAUCACUGACAUUUCAUUUUGUAAUUCAUUUCCUACGUAUUUGAACAGUAAAGUAAUUUGCCUUUUUUCCCCCACAGUUAACACACAUGUCCAUGCUGAUCAUAUCACAGGGUCUGGAUCAAUUAAGAAAAUGAUUCCAUCUUGCAAGAGUGUUAUAGCAGAAAUCAGUAAUGCUAGAGCAGAUGUUAAAUUAAAAGAAGGUGACAUUAUUAAAUUCGGACAGUUUCAACUUGAGGCACGCAGCACUCCUGGACAUACAGAUGGUACAUUGUACAUUUUCACAAAAAACUAUAAUUACCGGUAUUUUAUAAAAUCAUCUUUAUAUGGUGCCUAAAAUGUUGCUUUAAUUCUAAUGUUUUCAUUAACAUUUCCAGAAAAAUUUUAGCUGUUUUGUGAGAUUUAUGGAAAAAUGUAUUCAAGAAUAUUUUUAUAAUUUUGACAGGUUGCAUGUCAUUUGUCUGGCAUGAGAAAGGAAUGGUGUUCACAGGAGAUGCUUUGCUUAUAAGAGGUUGUGGCAGGACAGACUUUCAGCAAGGUUAGACACCAAGUUUGUUUAAAAGAGCCAAAAUGUGUCCAAAAAGGCUCCUUAAUUUAAAUAUUUUAAUUUGUCUUUUAUUUUUAGUCAAAUAUGUUGAUGUUCAAUGGUUUUCACUAAUAAUUUGCCAGUAAAAAAAGCUGGUAAGUUAAUGGACUUACAUUCUUUUAAAAAAUCAAUUCUGACCAGUCAAAUAUCUCCAUAUAAGUUGCUAACACCAAGUUUAUUCAUACAGAUACCAAUUCACUGCAAUUUACCAAGUAAUUUACCAAGUAAUUGCAGACUGUUUUUUUUAUUGUUUUGCAUUAUAAAACUAUGUUCUUAUAUUAGAUUUUUAACAAAGCCAAAUCUGUUCUAAUUUUAUUGUAUUUAAUAAAGAUAGGUAAGAAAUAAAUAAGUGCUGGGAAUUUGACUGCCUAAGGGUCGCAUGCCGCCCGCUGAACCAUUUAAUUUUGGCCCGCGAGACCUGGGAAAUGGAUUAAUGUUUUUGUGAAAUGUACAAAUUGUAAUUUAUUAUCAGCAAAAUCCCUUGAAAAUAAUAGAAUCUCAGUGUAAAAUUGUCCAAAUUUAAAAGUAAUCACAGCAAAAUAAAAAAAUAGGUUCCAUACUAAUUAUUUUCUUUUAUAUCUACUAAAAUUUAUCACUCUGCGCUCCUGAAAAAAAUAAUUUCCAUGCAGUAGAUAGACUUAAUAAGUAUUUGUAUCGUGUGGGGAUUUCAUGAUGUUUUACAUUUUAAAAAGAAAUAUAUUAAAUUUAACUUUUCAUUAUUUCAUUACCAGGUAAUCCAGGUACUUUGUAUGAUAGUGUACACAAAAAAAUUCUCUCCUUACCUCAGCAUUUUAAGGUAUUCCCUGGUCAUGAUUAUACAGGUAAAUUAUGGAAAAAUAUCACAAUUAUUCACAGUUUUGUGUUUUAAGUAUUGUUUUACUCCAUAAAUGUAUUCACGCUUAAAGCACUGUAAUCCACAAAUAUCUUAUACUUGUAGUUCUAAUGUGCCAAAAUUGUUUGCGCUGCCACUUCACUAAUGUUAAAUACUUUAACUACAUAGACUAUCACAAUCAAUUAUUUCUUGAAGCUCUUGCAAACCUGGCAGUUAUGACAUCUUCUCUGUAUAUUUUUAUAUUCACAACCCCCUAUUUUUUUUUCUUUUCUUUCUUGUCCAAUCAAAUGCCAUUUCCUAAACCAUUACAUUUAUUUUGUUUUCUACACAUUUGUGGUAAAAUUGCGCAUCAAUUCAGAGUACUAGUCUGUAACUUUUGCUUUUAUCUUCAUUUUUUACUCUUAACUAUUUUAUAAGCAAUAAUUUUGCAGUUCAUACUGUGUGAUAAUAAAGAUAAGAAGUUAAAUGCUUAAACAUCCAAUUCGAAAUUAAUUUUUAUGAGGAGGCCAUAUUGUAAUUGAAAAAGGUCCUUACAAUUAAUGUAUCAGUAUCAUGCUAAAAAGUUGAUUUUAUCUUAUUAAUUAUAAAUCUCUUAAGAUGACUUAGCCAUACAUGCCAAACUGUAGGAUCAAAAACUUAACAAAAGUAAAAAAAAAAAACAUUUGUAGAACAGCAUGAAUAACUAUACCGAAGAAAAUUAAAAUGAAUACCUGUAGUCGAAAAUAGUAUAAUUUAUAUAUUUUUCAUCAUUUUUAGAAUUGUUUUAAAUGCAUGAAUAAAAAAAACUAAUCACCUCCCCUUUGCCCUUGCACUUUUAAGCAUGUUUACAUCAGACAUAAAUGGAUAGAUCAUAUCUUUUAAAUGAAAAUUGAUAAUUUUAAGUGCAAUUUUUGUCAAAUUUUGAGUCUAUUCAUUCUGGUCAAUAGCAGAAUUAAUAAAAAUUGACCCAUAUAAUGGAAUUGAUAGCAAUUUAGAUGUAGUUAGAAAUAUUUCUUCUGUUAAUUUUGCUAGCUGAAGUAAUAAAGAUUCCUUUAUAUAUGUUAAUAAAGUAAAGUAAAUUACGUUCGUCUGUCUUGAGAAAGUUAUUGAGUACAGUUUACUGCCAACUUAUAACCUAAUUUUUUAUCACUGAAGGAAAAUGUCAUGUUGAUAGAUAUAGAUAAUAAUCCAGCAGGAGUAACACAAUAAAUACUAGUAGGUCUACAAAAAGAAUAUAAUAUAGACUACAGUUCUCACUGAUUUUAUCUCUAAAUAACGUAUAGUUGAACAAUGAAGAAGAUCAUAUCAGCUUUUAGUUUUUGAAAGUGUUAACAUGUUAAAUUUAGCCAUGCUGAAUUAUAAAUAAACAGAUUUGUAUGGUUUACUACUCAUGGUAGUUACAACCCACCCCUACUACUUUUUUGUUUUAGUGUUAACCAUUGAUAUCAAUUGAAACGGCACUGUUUCUAUAUUUAGAUGACCUAUCGAUCCUCAUCCGACCAGGAGGAUUUACAUUUCUGUUGUCCGAAGUUAAACUUUUUGCUCUGCCAGUUUUGAAUGUGCAUAUUGUGCAAAGGUAUUUCUUUGCUAAAUCCAGUUGAAAACCAUACAAAAGUCUGUACAGCCGUACAAGUUAAAUCUGUUAAAAAGUUUAAAAAUUACAGAUAAACCUUACAGCUUGGCAUUUAUGACUUAGGCUUUAGUUCACGCCUUACCUUUUUUAAGGAUGUACCAAACAGAAUUGAGCUUUAUUUCCAAUGGCAGGAUAACAUGAAGAAGUUGUACAUUUUUUCAUGCCUAAUAUUUAAACUGUUAACAUGAUAGUAUACAACUAUAAAUUACUCCUUGAAAAAUGCCAUUUUCUCCAUUUUUUUUACAUUAGGCCAAACAAUGUCCUCGGUCGGAGAAGAGCUCAGAUUCAACUCCAGAUUGACAAAGCCAAAGAACGAAUUCAUUGAAGUUAUGGGCAGGCUUAAUUUGCCUUACCCAAAACAAAUAGGUGAGUUUGCCAUUAUUCUACACUUAAGGUUAUUUAAUCAAAACUUAAACUUAAAUGUGCUCUAGGCAUAUUUCCACCAUUCCUACCCCACCACCACCAACUAUAUUCAAGUGAGUAUCAGUAAAAAUUAUUUAAAAAAAAAUCUAUUACUUUAAACACUUUUGACAUACAAUUGAAAAUCCUAGUGCUUAGAGUGCUUACGUCACAAAUUAUUCACUUUAAGUUAUUUAACCUAACUGCACAUUAAAUAAGUUAAUUUGUCUGUGUUUCUCUGCUUGGGAAAGGGACUUGGGUGCAUAUUUAUUUGUUUUAUUUAUACCAUAUAAAACAGGUUAUGGCAGUAACUGUUUAUAAGGGUUAGGCAAAGAUGUAACUAAAGUUAUUUUUAUAAGACUUCCAAGAAGACUGUUUACUCUUCUUUUUUUCACCAGUGUUAUUUCCCUUUCAGAUAAAGCUUUGCCAGCAAAUAUGGUGUGUGGCGUUUUUGAUGUCCCAGAAAACAGUUAAUUUUUAUUGGAGUUGCUGACUAACAUAACUUUAUUUAUUUUCAUUUUUCAACAAUUGAAAAUUAAACUGUCUGUUUAAGCCUUGUCAAAAUGUUUUUACUGGAUUGUUUGAUAAACACGUUUGAGUGAUAUACAUUAAAUGGUAAUAAUUAUAGAUUUUGUGAUUGAAAAAAUAGAGAUUGUAACAUUAAUAGAUUUUUACCUAUUCUUAUGGUUUAACCAUUUGCACAAAAAUGGCCCUAAAUAAAUGUAAAAUUUAAAAAAAGUUAUAUUUUUAGUAGCUUGCCAUUGACUAUACUUUCACAUAUCUUACUGCUAGUGCUUAAGAUUCAGUUAUGCUUAAGAUUCAGUUAUGCUUAAGAUUCAGUUAUGCUUAAGAUUCAGUUAUGCUUAAGAUUCAGUUAUGCUUAAGAUUCAGUUAUGCUUAAGAUUCAGUUAUGCUUAAGAUUCAGCUAUGUUUUUACUUUUGUUUUACUUUCCAAGCUUUCAGAAUUUGCUCACUAAAUGCUAUUGCUAGACCUUGUUGUCUUUAUAGAAUUUUAUUCCGGUCAAUGAAUACUGAUUUAUGUUGUACAUUUUGUUAUGAAUAUAAUUUUCUAUUUAUGUAGCAGAUGUUAAUGAUUUGAAUUUGAAAUAAAAAGGGGUGAUUAUUCAAAAGUUGAUUUAAUAAUGUUCUUGUGUUGUCGGUUAUCUUCCAUGUUGAUCUUUUAAAUUUCAAUGUUUAAAAGUUGACUAUACUGAGAAUUUAAAACUGUUAAAAUUUAAAAAAGAUAAU